AUGACGAGGUACUACGGGAAUCGUCCUACGUACGGGUAUGAGCCGCAUUUCAUAGUGUGCAAUCGAAACAGUGGAGAGGAUUGUUGGUUCGGAUCCCAAUCGAGAAGGCACCCGCGUGAAGCUGCCCUGAGAGAUGAUCCAUUCCAGGGCAGAAGUUUCAUUCCGAUCAAGGUCACGCAUGAAAAGUCCUCGGAGAUCCAAUCUACCCCAACAACUGCUGAACGAGAUGUUCCAAUCCAACGUGCUGCUAGCCACCCGGCGUCUCCAGAACUUGGUGAUGGCAAGCAAGUUCCCAUGAAGGAGCGUGAGGUUCCAAUCAGGCGUGAGGCAGAAGCAAAGAAUGUCGGUCAUCCUUUACCAUUAGAUUUGAAGGCAUUUCAUGGUGCUCGUCGUGAGGAAGCCUCGGAAAAUGAAGUACCACCGAUUAAGAAGCGCAGUCUGGACAGAAUUGCGAGUGUUCAUGCAUCUUUGGAGAAUCUAAGGGAGCAGGUAGCCUUGUUCAAUGGAAAAAAAGGUUCCAAGGGCUACGUUUUUCUUGAUGAGAUGUUGACACGAAAUCUCAUUGCAUUGGACGAUGUGGAUACCUUUGGCGACGAUGACAUCCGUUCAAAGCGGAAAGAUGCGGUGACCCAAGUGCAUAAGUACCUGCAAGAACUUGAGGGUAAAGCUUGUGUGGGUAAGCAGUCGUCGGAAGUGUCAUCAAGUAUGGAGUCCGCAGAAGUAAGCAGUGUUGGGGAAGUAGGUCGGGAGGAGAUGGAGGGAGCGGAAGAUCCAACCAGUGAAGAUAUACCAAAAUCUGCUGAGACGAUCAGUGAAACUUGGGCUAUUGCUAUUUUUCAAAAUUCCUGUGAAGCUGGAGAUGUUCCAGGGAAUACAGAGCAUCAGGUUUCCUCACGUGAUGAACAACCAGGUGGGAAGAGCGUGCAAGAAGUGUCUCCUGAGCAGACUACCGAAUCCUUGGCUAACGGAGCAAAAGACAAAGAACCCGGGGCUGACGAGCUUGAUGAUGUGUCUGUGGAUUCAGGGAUGGAUGUGACCGAGGAACCUGAUGGUGAGGUUGCCAUGUCUUCUGUUGAGAAGGCGAAAAAGACCAGGGUCUCGGGAAAUUCAGAGCAAGAAGAUAAUUGCGAUGGUUUCAUUAUGGCUGACAACUGA